GGUGACGCGUCAUUAGUGCGGUUUCCAUAUACUCUCAAAGCUUUCGAUUAAUUUCAAUAAAUAAUUGAUGUUGCCGAGUGUGAAUAUAUUGGAGAUAGCGUGUAUGGACCAUUCUUCGUGUAUAAACUAUCUUCUUAUUAUAAAAUUCGCGUAAAUUGCAAAUAUUUGUUAAAGAAGAGAUAUCAAAAUUAUUAGAGAAUUUGAUGGCAGAUUAAGUAUUGACUUACAAGAUAUUCAAUUUAAUAUUUUUUAACUUUAAAACAUUCAAUUGUUUUCAACAAUUUGCUGUAUUUUCAUACUGAUUUUCUACAAUCGAAUAUCAGUAAUAAAGUCCUCAUACAUUAUUUUUUUCUAUUAUUUCUUGAUUCUUUAUUUGAAAACAGUAUUUUACGGAAAAUUGUUCGUAAAAUAUUUGCAUUGUUUCUUAUCGAAUAAAGCAUUCAUAUAAAUCUCACUUAGUCAUCAUUUAAUCACUUCAAUAUGUCAGAAUCAGAUAUCUUAGCUACUGACCAAAUCGAUGGUCUUGAUGGACUUGAGAAUGGUCAGGAUGGUGAUUCAAUUAUGCAGUCAGAUGAUAUAAAACGAGAAUUCAAUGAGUCUAAUAUUGAUGAUCCCGAGCUUGAAGCUAUCAAAGCUCGAGUAAGAGAAAUGGAAGAAGAAGCAGAAAAAUUAAAACAACUACAAUCUGAAGUAGAUAAACAAAUGAAUAUGGGCAGUCCCCCUGGUAUUACUAGUCCUUUGAAUAUGUCAAUCGAAGAUAAAAUGGAAGUGGACAACAGAUCAAUCUAUGUUGGAAAUGUAGAUUAUGGAGCUACUGCAGAAGAGUUAGAACAACAUUUUCAUGGCUGUGGUAGUGUCAAUAGAGUAACAAUAUUAUGCAACAAAUUUGAUGGUCAUCCUAAAGGAUUUGCGUACAUAGAAUUUGCCGAACGUGAUUCUGUGCAAACCGCCAUGGCAAUGGAUGAAUCAAUGUUUAAAGGCCGGCAAAUAAAAGUUAUGCCAAAAAGAACUAAUCGUCCAGGAAUGUCAAUUACGAAUAGAAGUCCUAGAGGUGCACGUGGUUACAGAGGCAUCGCACGAGGAAUUAGUCGUGGUAGUGCUUACUUUGGUUAUAGGCCAAUGAGGAGACCAAGAAGCUACAGACGCGGCUACUACAUGCCCUACUGACUCUGAGCUACAAUGUAAGAAUCGUGGCAAAAUAUAUUUAAG